GGCGGCUUGUGGUUUUGCGCGUCCAAGAAGACCACGCGGUCACAGUGUCUCAUGCAUUAUAAAUCAGAUUGAAGCCGCCCAUCUGUGCAUUUUUUAAACUGUUUCCCAUGAUAAAAGAAUCCGCUUCACACCAUUGAAAGGGGUAAGAAAUCGUUAGAGACCAACUCACCGCGUAAACGAUAGGGAUCUGUCGUCUGAGAUGCCCAGUUCAUGAUUCGAAGAGGGUGGCAGGAGUUCCGGAGAUCUGCUGACGACGCUGUAAGGGCGUUUUAAUCGGCCUACCGACGUCUCCAGUCUCCUCCUUUUGUCGGGAGGAAAAGUUUUCCCGCGCCAAUUUCGCGAUCUCGUUGGGAUUUAUUCGAGAAUUUCGGAGAUCCAGCGCUUUACAGAUGCCGCCGCACUCGAUCCCUUUCUCCACGAAAACUCAGAAGGCCAGAUCAUGGCCGAAGUUCUGGUUCAAUUAUCUAUUGAGAGAACAGAGGCUUCUCUUCGUCCUCGUCGGCAUGUUGAUCGCCUCCACGUUCUUCAUGCUUCAACCUAGCGUCUCGAAGCUCGGAGCUGUGGAGAGCCGGCAUUCUGUCUACCCAUCGGCAGUCACUGGAGUGAACCGUGAAGAGAUUGAAGGAUACGGCUACGGGGGUUCCGCUAUGGUUGCCAAGAACAGGAGGGUGCCUGUUGGGGUGAAGAGCCCGGGAAGGAGGAUAGUGGUGACUGGCGGGGCGGGAUUUGUCGGCAGUCACCUUGUGGAUAGGUUGCUUGACAGAGGCGAUAAUGUCAUAGUUGUGGACAAUUUCUUCACUGGUAGGAAGGAGAAUGUGGUGCACCAUUUUGGCAAUCCGAGGUUCGAGCUGAUCCGACAUGACGUGGUUGAGCCCAUUCUUUUGGAGGUCGAUCAGAUCUAUCACCUGGCCUGCCCUGCUUCACCUGUUCACUACAAGUAUAAUCCCAUCAAGACUAUCAAGACUAAUGUAAUGGGGACCCUGAACAUGUUGGGCCUGGCAAAGAGAAUUGGUGCAAGGUUUCUUUUGACAAGUACCAGUGAGGUUUACGGCGACCCACUUGAGCACCCACAGAAGGAAACAUAUUGGGGCCAUGUCAACCCUAUAGGUGUAAGAAGCUGUUAUGAUGAAGGAAAAAGGACAGCAGAGACUUUGGCAAUGGAUUACCAUCGAGGUGCAAAUGUUGAGGUACGCAUAGCUCGAAUUUUCAACACAUAUGGACCAAGGAUGUGUAUAGAUGAUGGACGUGUUGUCAGCAACUUUGUUGCUCAGGCCCUCCGUGGGGAGCCAAUGACUGUCUAUGGUGAUGGCAAGCAGACGAGAAGCUUUCAAUAUGUUUCUGAUCUGGUUGAUGGAUUAAUUCGGCUAAUGGAAGGGGAGCACGUUGGUCCUUUCAACUUGGGUAACCCUGGAGAGUUCACCAUGCUAGAACUCGCUGAGGUUGUGAAGGAGAUUGUAGAUCCCAGCGCCAAAAUUGUAUUUAAACCAAAUACUGCAGACGACCCUCACAAAAGGAAACCGGAUAUAAGUAAAGCAAAGGAACUGUUGAACUGGGAACCAAAGGUCCCGCUGAAGGAAGGACUACCCUUGAUGGUGACUGAUUUUCGGAAGCGUGUCAUGAAUGAUGACAAUUGAUAGUCAAUAAAAGGGAUAUGAGCAUUAUUAUUUUUCCGUCUGUCCUGUAUAAUAGCAAGCAUCUCUAGCUACCUAUUCGUGUUCAAAAUUCAUAGCAUUAUAGGAGUUAGCCCUACACUUAGCUAAAUCAUUGUCGAUUGCAGAUAUGAUCGAUUUCUUGUGAAAUCUUCCUUAAACUAUAAAUGUAACUUUUUCAUGCC